AUGGAGCUCAACUGGGAAUUGAUCAAUCUGAUUUGCAGCGUUGUGGUCCAAAAUCUCAUCAUUGGGACCUUGCUGAUCGCGACGCCAAAGCGCUCACCGUAUCGCUUCCUUGCGAUCCCCAUUUUAAUAUGGAACGCAAGCCGAUUUGUACGCCCGCUGGGGUUCUCAGUAUACAUUCAGACGAAUACAGUGGGCAUGCUUACGGUCUCCGUGAUCACGGCGAUCAAUGUCUUGCUCAUCAACCCGCUCGAUGAGCGCGACCUUGCACGCGAAAUGCCCACCACCUUUUUCAGGUCGGGCCAUUUCUAUUAUGUCUUUGAGAUUCUCUCAUUCACGCGUGGAAUUAAGACACCACGUCAAGUGAAGAAUUUACCUGCACAGCCUGCGUUCUAUGAUCGCUAUGGUGGGAAGAUCCCGGUCGGUCGCUAUCUGCUGAGGCAGUUGGCAAUCAUGAGCUGGCAGUUCCUGGUCAUUGAUAUUUUCCAGACUCUGAGCAGCCAGAUGGAAUCCCAAUCUGGAUUGAAGGAAAUUGAGUACAAUGUUCCGCUGGAAAAGUGGAUUGAGCGUGCUGUUACGCACAAUAUCACCUGGUUCCUCGUUGGCCGAGUUAUUAUCGAUUGCUCUUUCAGACUCUCCUCGAUCGUUUUUGUGAGUCUGGGCCUUGAUGAGCCAUCAAACUGGCUACCGCAAUUUGGUCGUAUGAAAGACGCGUAUACCCUGCGCAAUUUUUGGGGUAAAUUCUGGCAUCAGAUGUUGCGCCAGCCUUUCACCACAAUGAGUAACUUCCUCGCGCGCGAUGUCUUGCAUCUUCCAAGACCAUCCAUUCUCGAGCGGUACACGAAUAUCUUCAUCGUAUUCUUCUUAUCUGGCGCAAUGCACUUCAUCCUUGAUCUUGCGGCCGAUAUUCCAUGGGAACUCUCGGGCGCGAUGCACUUCUUCCUAUCCUUUGUCUUGGGAAUAAUGAUUGAAGAUGGCGUGCAAGCCUUGUGGAAACGAUUCUCACCUCCGCAAAAGUCCAAAGACGGGGAGGUUCUGACUCCUCUAUGGAAGAAGUUUGUCGGUAUGGUUUGGGUCUUUGCUUGGCUUGCUGUCUUUUCGACACCGUACACGGAGCGUAUGGCGCAAUUACCUCCCAACGACCUCGUGCCGCUCAGCGUGGUGGGCAAGCUUGGAGUCGAGGUUGGAGGAGGAUUGGCAUUUGUCGGGGCUGUCCUGUUGUGGUUUACUGUGGGACCAGAAGUGUGA